CGGGCGCGGCCGACCCGCCUUCGGAAGUAAUCUCCUGUCGGUGCCGGAAUAAGAGCCUGAGCCUAAGUCCAGCUGCGAGUCAGAGACCCGGUGCCGAGGCAAAGGAGGCCAGUUUCCCGGUCAGCAGCGUGGGCAGCGUAUCCGGGGUGUCAGAAUAUGGCUCCCAACUUGGACUCAGGAAAGAAACUUUUCACUUUCUUAGGAAAAUCAGUAAUUGCGCUUCUGGAGUCUAUAAUUUUUGCCUUUAUUCCAAAGCCACGGAAGAAUGUUGCUGGUGAAAUCGUACUCAUAACAGGUGCUGGGAGUGGAAUUGGAAGGCUCUUAGCCCUCAAAUUUGCCCACCUUGGAGCUGUGCUUGUUCUCUGGGAUGUCAACAAAACAGCGAAUGAGGAGACGCUCAGGAUGACUCUGAACGCUGGAGCCUCAAGAGUCUAUGCCUAUACCUGUGACUGCGCUCAAAAGGAAGAAGUGUAUAGAGUAGCUGAUGAGGUUAAAAAAGCAGUUGGUGAUGUUUCUAUCCUAAUCAACAAUGCUGGCAUCGUAACAGGCAGAAAGUUCCUCAACUGCCCAGAUGAGCUGAUGGAAAAGACUUUCGAUGUGAAUUUCAAAGCACAUUUAUGGACUUAUAAAGCCUUUCUGCCUGCUAUGAUGGCUAAGGACCAUGGACAUUUGGUUUGCAUUUCAAGUGCAGCUGGAUUAUUUGGAAUAAGUGGACUGGCAGAUUACUGUGCAAGUAAAUUUGCAGCCUUUGGAUUUGCUGAAUCUAUAUUUAUGGAACUAUAUUAUCAGAAACUAACGGGCAUCAAAACUACUAUUGUGUGCCCAUUUUUAAUAAAAACUGGAAUGUUCCAAGGCUGUACUGCUAGCUGUCCUUUACUAUUACCAAUUAUGGAACCAGAAUAUGUAGCCGGAAAGAUAGUAGAUGCUAUCCUGGAGGAAAAAACAUACUUGUGUCUACCAAGAUUUAUAUACUUCAUGCUAUUUUUAAAAAGUAUCUUGCCAACCAAAAUGGGACUGCUCUUGUCUGAAUAUAUGAAUAUCUCUGAGUUAAUGAAGGGCUUCGUUGGAAGGAAGAACUAAAGACCAACUCUACGGCUGAUGUCAUCUAAUACCCAAUAUUACAUAUUGCUUAUUUCAGUGAAUAAAAGGGAUUUUUGUCUGAUAGAGUGUACCUGGAGACUAUAAGUACCGUUCUUGUUCUUCCAUCUAGACUAGUACUUUCAACCAGUACUUUUGAAAAUGCCAGUAACAUUGCUAUCUGCUUUUGAGUUUUUUAAAAUUAAUAAAAACAGCUAAUGUCUGUCA